AUGGCACUCCCCUUUCAAAAAGAGCUGGAGAAAUACAAGAACAUUGAUGAGGAUGAGCUUCUUGGCAAACUCUCAGAAGAGGAACUGAAACAGUUGGAAAAUGUUCUUGAUGACCUAGAUCCCAAGAGUGCACUGCUACCAGCUGGAUUCCGACAGAAAGACCAGACCCAGAAAGCAGCCACUGGCCCGUUCGAUCGCGAGCACCUCCUCAUGUACCUGGAGAAGGAAGCUUUGGAACAGAAGGACAGGGAAGACUUUGUGCCCUUCACUGGAGAAAAGAAAGGGAGAGUCUUCAUCCCCAAAGAAAAGCCCAUAGAAACUCGUAAAGAAGAAAAAGUGACCCUUGACCCAGAACUGGAAGAAGCUUUGGCCAGCGCCUCCGACACCGAGCUCUAUGAUCUUGCAGCUGUUCUUGGAGUACACAAUUUACUCAACAAUCCAAAGUUUGAUGAAGAAAUGGCCAGUACUAAAGGUGUUCACCAAGAUCAUUUUAAGAAUGUGGUCAAAGGUGAGAAGGUCAAGCCAAUAUUUGAGGAACCACCCAAUCCUACCAAUGUGGAAGUAAGUCUGCAGCAGAUGAAAGCCAAUGAUCCCAGCCUGCAAGAAGUCAACCUCAACAACAUUAAGAACAUUCCAAUUCCAACCCUGAAGGAAUUUGCAAAAGCUCUGGAAACCAACACUCACGUAAAGAAGUUCAGCCUGGCUGCAACCCGUAGCAAUGACCCUGUGGCGAUUGCUUUUGCAGAUAUGCUGAAAGUAAAUAAGACCUUGAAAAGCCUCAACAUCGAAUCCAAUUUUAUCACUGGGUCCGGGAUCCUGGCCCUGGUGGAGGCACUGAGAGAGAAUGACACCCUGACGGAGAUCAAGAUCGACAACCAGAGACAGCAGCUGGGAACUGCUGUGGAGAUGGAAAUUGCCCAGAUGCUCGAGGAGAAUUCAAGGAUCCUCAAGUUUGGAUAUCAGUUUACCAAGCAAGGGCCUCGAACAAGGGUGGCAGCCGCCAUCACAAAGAAUAAUGACCUAGUUCGUAAAAAGCGAGUUGAAGGAGACCGAAGGUAAACUUUCGCAAGACGAGGCUGAGUUGCACCCUGGUGGCCAUUUAGAAAUAAGCAAGCAAAAACCCUUCUCCUUCCCCAUCAGGACCAUUUUAUUCAAGGUUGUGCAUUUCCGUUAACCACCUGGCUAAUAAUUUAAUCGUUGUUCUUUUUUAGCACUAC